AUGGAAGACGACCUCGAGCUACCACCUAGCACCGAGACCAAGUCGAUCUUCCACAUCUACGAGAAGCAUAAGUGUCAUAAAAGCAUUACGCCAGUCCUCGAUCCUACUCUGGAACGACGGUCUGGCCCAACGAUCAAAGAACAGAAGACUACACGCAAGGAGAAGAAAGAGCGUCAAGACGCUGGACUACUUAGUGUAGAACCAGACGAUAAUGCUUUCUUCCUUCACCGACCAUACCUCGCCUUCCACGUACCGCCUCGCGUCCUUUACACUGGCAGCAAUAAACACACCGCGCAACCAGCUAUCCUGGUACACGAAGGCUGUUUCUGGAAAGAGUACAGGCUCCAACUCCUCCCAUCGACCCUCGGCAUACUCGACCCACGCGGCGUAGUACCAUGGCGUCACAACGGCGGCGACAAGAAUGUGCUGAAAUGCGAUGACCACAAGCUCAAAGGGUACAAAGUGCGCACGUGGAGGUUGUGGGGUGAGACGGGCAAGGAACACGUUCGUUCCGUGAAGAACACCCGUAAGACGGGCGAAGGAAGAGAUCCCGAUGUGAAUACGAUGACGGAUGGCAAGUCGAAAGAGCCUGCGACGGCCGAAGAAGUGGUGUAUUUGCGGUGGAAGAACCCUCUCUCACGCCACACGAGAUGCUAUCACUUUCAAUAUGCUGGUAUCGACUUCUUUUGGAAAGGAACAGGUACUACCAAGGAGACUCGAACUUGUGGUGCUUUGUUGCGGUUCAACCAUCUGAAGUUAGUCGCUAGGCUGCCUGUGGCCGAAGAGAAGAAAGAGAGGCGAGAUGAGGUGUGUUUGGGAGUAUACACGUCGUCUGUUGCGAGUAGAAAGAGUGGUACUUUGGAGUUCUUUGAUCCUGUUAUCUUGCGUCUCAUCAAUGAAAACGCGCCCGAGAUGCUACUUCGAAGUGAGGAAGGGGCGGAAGAAGAAGAGGCGGAAAGUACGAGGAUCUUGCGGAUGAAGAGAAGUAGGAUCUAUCAGGUGUUUGUAGCUACUGCUAUGUGUAUGAUCAAGAGUGAGAAGGAAAAGAGACAUACUUUGCUGGAUUUGCUGGUGAAUGUUGCUGAAGGUGGUGCGGGUGGCUAG